CAGCCCACAGGCUGACGGCGCAUUCCAGCCAAGCCGCCAGCAUCUGAUCUGAUCAGAAGCGAACUUCUACCCGAGAACAGACAACGGUUCUUGCCUCCCCGACCCGACCCGACCCGGGAUCGAACCCGCCUCGGUGCCUUGCAGGACACCAGGGCAGGGGGGACAUGUGUCCUGGGGCCGGCGCCACCACCCUGCCUGGUCACCGGUUGGAUGCUGUGAGCUGAGGUCCUCUCCCAGUUCCAGACCAGCUGUCUCCCCGCACCUUGUGUCCUCCGCAUCCAGAGAACAACAUGUCUGACCCCGUCGAGGUCAGUCCCACUCAAUCUGAGACAUCGCCCUCAAAAGCAUCUAAAAAGGACAAAAAAAAAGGUCCAGAGAAGACCGAGGAAUUCCUCCUGGCCAGGUUCAAAGGUGACGGGAUCCGCUACAAGGCCAAGAUAAUUGGUAUUGAUGAUGUGACUGAUGCCCGAGGAGAUCAAAUGUGCCAGGAUUCGAUGAUGAAACUGAAGGGUAUUGCCAUCGCCGCCCGUGCCCAGGGCCAGCACAAGCAGAGGAUCUGGUUGACUAUCUCCCUGUCUGGGAUCAAGCUGAUUGACGAGAAGACUGGAGUGAUCGAACAGGAACACACGGUCAACAGGAUCUCCUUCAUCGCCCGCGACGUCACCGACAACCGCGCCUUUGGCUACGUGUGUGGAGCAGAGGGCCAGCACCAGUUCUUCGCCAUCAAGACCGCCCAGCAGGCAGAGCCGCUGGUCGUGGAUCUGAAGGACCUUUUCCAGCUGGUCUACAACUUGAAGAAGAAGGAGGAAGUGGAGAAUCAGGCUGCGGAUGACAAGCCCACUGAGAAUGGCAGUCCACUGCUGAAGUUUGAUGAUGCAGUGUCCGGCAUUAAGAAUGAUAUUGACCAACUGCAGUUGUUUGGCGACAUGUCCACACCUCCUGACAUCCACUCCCCUACGGAAAGUAAUGACGGCUCUUCGGGCUGCUUAUUGGACUUGUCUUCUCCCGAAUUGGACCCCCUCACCACCUGUGCGCCGGGCAAACCCUUUCAAGAUGAGACAGCUGCGUCCUCGCUCAGUUUUUUCCCCACGCCUGACCCUAAUCCCUUUGGCAAUGAUCCUUUCUCUGAGCCCAAACAGUCAGCACCUCCACCGGCCGACUCCGCCGCUCCUCGCAGCCAGACAGAGGGAGCCCUUGCCUUCCUCGGCGACUCCAGCAACAGCCUUGACUUUGACCAGUUGUCCGGCCCCAACCUCGACUCCGCACCCUGGCCGCUAAACGGACUGCCACUGGCCCCCGGCCCGAGUGACUCGGUCAGCAAGCCGGCCCACCCCGUCACUGUAGCGGCCGUGUCGAAUGGGCUCCGACCAGACCCUCUGGCUACUGCAAACUACCUCCUGGCACAAGGUCUCGACUCCAUCACGCUCUCCCCUCCUCCGCAGAGCAGCAAAGGAAGCCGGGGCAGGAGAGGCGUUCAGACCGUGAGCGACGGCAUUGGUCCCAACAACUCCAUGGCCCAGCCCUCCGCCCCGUCCGGUCUCGGAGCCUUGGACUUGUUCAACGUGCCCGCCUCUACAUCUACACUGGCAAGCCCAGGCAUACCCGGACCACCUCAGCCCACUUGGGGACAACCACUUGGCCAGGCCGGCGGCCCUCUGCCCCCCAGGCCCAUCCUCGGGGGUGCCGGCCCCUUUGUGCCGCCGGUGGUGUUUGGUGGCCACGCGGGCACGGUGUGGAGCCAGCCACCCCCGUUCGGGGCUGCCCCUCCACCCACCGGCUGGGGCCAGCUGUCCCUGCCACCCCCCGUGUGGACCCAGGCCCUGCCCCAGGCCAACCCCUUCGGCUCCAACCCCUUCGGCCCCUCGCAUCCGCUGAUGCCGCCCUCGGGCACGUCCCCCCCGCCCCCUCCCCCGCCUCGGCCGGCCCCCGCGACCAGUCCCCAGACCGGGGCCUUCACCGCCCUAGACCCGCUGGGGGACAGGGAGAAGAAGAGCGUGAAGGAGAUGUUCAAGGACUUCCAGAUAGCCAAGCCGCCGGCCAUCCCGGCACGCCGGAGUGAACAGCCCACCCUCCCCGGCACCUCCGGGGCCUUCGCACAAUACUUCGGCAACAAAGUGGGGGUGGCCCAGGACAUCGCCGACCACGAUGACUUUGACAUCAACCAAAUCCCUUCAGCGGCCACAAACGAAGUGCCAGCAGCCUCUGCUAGUCCGAGUGCUCCCGUGCAGAAUCUCUUUAACUUGAGUGGAGACCCGUUUGCUGCCCCUCCCGCAGCUGCUCCAAUUUCACAGCAAUCUUCGGAUCCAUUCGAAGAUCACUUUGGAAACCCAUUUGCUUAACACUCGGGCAGAUGACUUGACAAGUGGAACUGGCUCACCGUGGACCGCAUUGACUAUACCUGUGGAUUUCAGCCCCGUCCAUACCGACUGACCAAAGCUGGGACUGUACCCAUCCCCUUGGCUGUUCACUUCAAUUGAUUACAACCGUGAAUGUUGCCCAGUGUCCAGGAGAUGGAGGCCGGUCUAAGCUGCCAGCGGGUGUUGGGCUGGUGGAAGGGUUUGGCUCCUGUUGGCAGCAUCUUUCCGUGUAUUUUGUGCACCUUUCUUUUCUGUGUUUUGAAUUGUCUGCUUUUUGUUUUGUUUCCUGUGUCUCAUAUUGAUCACUCAUUCCCGACCAUUCAGUGCCUUUAUUGGGAAGUAUCUGCUAUCUUGGCAAUGGAGGAUUUAUAGACCCAUGUGAAAGGAGGCUUGGACAUUGGGAAGUGCAUCUCCCAAACUGUGACUUCCCAUCCCUUCCCGUCCUUCUCUUUCCCC